CCGCGUUUUAUUUUAGAUAAUAGUAGAAAUUUUGUACCGUAAAAUAAAGUAGCAGAGUCCUCCUGCAACUAAAAUUAAUAAAUUGGAUAUUGAAUAUUCUACUAACUCAACUACUAAACUCUAGUGUAAUUAAACAACUAAUUAUUCCACAAAACUAUAUUAGUAACACAUGUAACAUACAUACUGCAAUUCUUUGAAAGAUUUGAGUUAUGUUAUUGAGAAUAAUGGGGAACAAACGAGCGAUGAAACCGGCUAGUGAAGUUGACCUGAAGGCGGUGAAGUACAUAUCGGAGAGUAUUCAAGCUCCACAUUUGACUGGUUUGUGGUUCAAGUUAUUUGUGAAGCUGAUUGAAGUACCGGGUAUUGGAUCUUUGAUUGUGAAUUACCUCAAGAAUGAAAACAAAUUCGAUGAGAUACUGAAGUACACUGUCAUACCGGAGGGUCCUAUGUUUAAACCUGAAUUUCCUCCUCAAGAGCCAGAACAUGCUGUUGUCAGCCUGGAAGAAGACGUGAAACCUGAAGACCGGGUUGAGCUAGCCUUGAAGUGUCUUCCAGAAUAUGAUCCAGCUAGCAAUUGGUGUGGUGAUUCAACUGCAUCAUUUCGCUAUUGGAAGAUUCGCGAUUAUGCAUAUGCAUACAGAUCUAAGUUUACAACACCAUCUAUGGUUGCAGAGCGCUUCAUCUCAGCCAUUGAGGAGUUCAACAAUAAGAAUCCCACAGCCCCACUAUUAAUUUCUUUUGACCCUGACGAAUUAAGAAAGCAAGCUGCUGCUUCUACACAGAGAUUUGAACAAGGGAAUCCACUGUCAAUCUUGGAUGGGAUUUUCAUGGCUAUCAAAGACGACAUAGAUUGCUAUCCUCACCCUUCAAAGGGUAUGUAUUUUAAGUUUUCAUCAUCUUCGCACCGAGUCCUAUUGCCGGAUUUAGUUAUAUACUUAAUGCAAACAGGAGCAACUACAUGGAUUCAUGAGGUUCGUGAGGUAAAGAAAGAUGCGGUUUCUGUGUCAAGAUUACGAAAAUGUGGUGCAAUUUUUGUUGGAAAGGCAAACAUGCAUGAGUUGGGAAUGGGAACUACCGGAAAUAACGCAAACCAUGGGACUGCACGAAACCCACAUGAUCCAGAUAGGUACACAGGAGGGUCUUCCUCAGGCCCUGCAGCUAUUGUGGCUUCGGGACUGUGUUCCGCUGCUUUGGGGACGGAUGGAGGAGGUUCAGUUCGGAUUCCUGCUUCCCUUUGUGGUGUUGUGGGAUUGAAGUCGACAUUUGGUCGAACUGGCAUGACCGGGUCAAUAUGUGAGGAUAGCACGGUGGCAAUUAUUGGACCAAUCGCCACAACCGUUGAGGACACCAUACUUGUGUAUGCAGCAAUGUUGGGGUCCUGUCCUGCAGAUAGAAUCCCCUUGAGACCGCCCCUCCCUUGUGUACCAAAUUUCUCUUCACAAGAGAGCUUGCAAUCUGUGGAAUCACUGCGCCUUGGAAAAUAUACAGAGUGGUUUAAUGAUGUCUUCUCAACUGAUAUAUCUGACAAGUGCACGAAUGUUCUCAGACGGUUAUCACAAAAGCAUGGAUGCAAAACGAUAGAGAUUGUAAUACCAGAUUUGCAUGAGAUGAACAUAGCUCAUGUUGUUUCUAUUGGGUCUGAAUCAUUAUCUGCACUGAGUCCAGACUAUUAUGAUGGGAAAGGAGAGAGAUUGACCUACGAUACUCGCACCAAUAUGGCACUUUUUCGUUCAUUUACAGCAGCAGAUUAUGUUGCUGCUCAGCGGCUUAGACGGAGGUUAAUGUAUUUCCAUAUGGAGAUUUUCAAGAAGGUGGAUAUCAUUGUGACACCUACUACUGGCAUGGCAGCACCCAGAAUUUCACCAAGUGCUCUUAAAGUUGGGGAGACUAAUUUGCAAGUUACAGAAAAUCUUAUGCGGUUUACAACAACAGCAAAUCUUCUCGGACUUCCUGCAGUUACUGUCCCUAUUGGUUACGACAAACAAGGGCUUCCCAUAGGUAUGCAACUCAUUGGCCGGCCCUGGUGUGAAGCUUCCAUUUUGCGUUUGGCUGCUGCAAUUGAGGAAACCUGUGCUGCGCCUGUGAAGAAGCCAGUGCAAUAUUAUGACAUUUUGAAAGGGAACUAGCAAUCAAGUUUACAUCCAUGGGAGCCCCGGGUAAACAGUAAUGUGACUCAUGAAGCUUAAGAAGACCUGGAUUCACUCAUCAAGAUUUUUACUCAUGAAGCUUAAGAAGACCUGGAUUCAUUUAUCAAGAUUUUGGUGAUUCAUAGAAACCAAUUUUUUCUUUUCCCAGAUGAUCUUGAAAUUGAAUGUACUUAACUUGAGGUACUACUUUAUGAAAUAGUGAUAAUAUUUCCCAAAA